CUGAAGCCUAGACUAAAUGGGUUGGAUCCAAAGAACAAUUUAUUUGAGUAAUCAAACUCUUCCUCUCUCCUUUCAUCUCUCUUUCCUUUGUUCUCAACGACCCCUCUUUCUUUCCUCUCUCACCUCCUCACUUCCUCUCUUCUCACUUCCUCACUUCCUCACUUCCUCACUUCCUCACUUCCUCUCCUUUCGCCCUUCCUAUCUCACCAAGACAUCGGUGCCAUAUACUUUAAUCAUAUCAUACUCUUUUCCCCUACCUACUCAUACAUACCCCGCAUCAAUCCUCAUUCACAAUCCAUUGAUCUCCAUUAACCUCUCUCACCUUUCUUAGGGAGAGUCUUGUUAAUAUACUUAUUCCACCGCCAUUCAUCAGUAUCCUCCUCUAAAAACAAAAAUGAUUCGGGUUUUCUCCAAGAUUGCCACGAUGGCAAGCUUGGCCCUCGUUCUGAUGAAAUCCACUACCGAGGCUCUUGGGUCUUCCGCACCUUACACGGGGACUCUCUGCAAGAACUAUGUCAAUUAUGAAGUUUGGCUCCCUCCCAAUCACACUGUUGAAUCGAUCGAGAAUGAAAUUACUGCCAUGGGCAUACCUCAAGCCUCCGCUCUGUCACAAAUUAACGAAGAUUGCUAUGAAUCAUUCAUGGAAUAUGUCUGUUCUACGGCGUUCCCGCGGGUCGAACCCAUUGUUGGACAAAACAAUGUGUUCAAUGUCAGGUUUGCAUGUACUUCAACUUGUCAGACGGCAGUGACAAAAUGCUCUCAACUCUUCACAGUCUUUCAUAACGAAACCUUGAUUCCUAAGUGUGACUCUCCCAUUCCGGGCUCUUCAGUCUAUCAACCCCCAAACGGUGUCGCAUUUCAACCGGACGGUGCCUGCAAUGUUGUUCAUCCUUUAGAAAAAGGAUCUGGACCUACAAAUAGGACUGACUUGAUCACGACAUGUGACCCACCUUUUAUUGUCGAUCCAAUGACGGGUCCAGGCGGUUCGACCGCAAACCAGAUGUACUGUAUGCAUGGAUGCUGUCUUCCAUGCCCAGCUCAGUACCAUCUUUACAGGGAAGGAGCAUUGGAGACUGGAUUUAAGAUUACAAACACGAUCCGUGCAGUGUCCAUGGUCUUGGCAUUCCUCUUGAUGAUGACCUACCUUUGUCUGGAUGAUAAACGAUCCCAUCCAAGUGCCUUGAUCUUGUUCUUCUCCAUCGGUGUCUUCUUGUUCUCGGUCGUCAUCCUUUUCCCUUUGUUCGAUACUCAUGGCAUGCAAUGUGCUGAUGCAAUCAAUCCUAGUACCCAACAAAACAAUCUCAGAUGUGCUAUUCAAGGAGCGAUAUUGAUCUUUGCUUCGGUUGCUACCUGUGCUUGGUGUACGGCCUUGAUUUUGAACUUGCAUUUGCAUACAGUUUGGAACUCUGCCUGGUUUGCUCGGAAAUACUGGCUCUUGCAUAUUGUCUGCUGGGGAUUUGCCAUUGCUGUCACUGUUGUAGCGCUCGUCUUGGGAGAAGUCAAAUGGGAAUAUGCAACUCUGUGCUUAGUUUCCCAGGAUAGAGCUUCAGAGAUCUUCUUCUACCCUCUGGCCGUCAUGAUCUUCCCUGCAUUCUUGGUUCAUGUCUUGACCUUUAUUCAUAUUGCUCGAAUCACCAUCUUGUCUGGUGAAGACUCUGAAACCAUGUCCCGAUCUACAUUAUCGGCUGGUGCAGCUGCUAUGAUCUCCCAUCGUCGUCAUGUCAUAAUGGCGAUCCGUAUCCAAUGGAGAGCAGCCUUAAUGGCCAUUUGUGCUAUCGUCAGUGUGAUGCUAUAUUGGCUCUUUUAUUUUAUUCAGCUUCGAAAGAUCAAUCCCUUGGCUUUGCAGAGCCAUGUUCUUGAAUUUGUGUUUUGUCUCCGGACGGGUAAUCCACAUGAUUCCUGUGCAGAUGUAUUGGCGCCUCACUUGCCUCCUUAUGGUCUCAUGAUUGCUGCAGAAUCUGUCGUUUCCUCAGUCGGAACCGUCAUCUUCAUUGUCUUCUUCAAGCCGGCUCUUGUUAUAGAAUGGGGUGAAAAGUUUUCGUCUUUGGGGUACUUGCUCUCAGGGAAGGGCAAACAAAAGAAAGAGCAAGAACAGUUCUUCGUCAUUUAAAGCAUAAUUAUACAUAUAUAUACUUAAAUACUUCAUACAAUAAUAAUUUUUUUAAAAAAAAUUCAUGUGUAAAAAGC